AUGUGCCGAGGAUUCCGAUCUUCUGGUGUGGAGAAUUGCUGGAGGGUGGGUGUAGCACGCACACACCUGCACCUGCCACUUCCCUCCUUCCCACCCACGAAUAAGCAAACAUCUGGCUGUGUGAGACGCCAAGCUCUGAAAGCAGCACCAGCCCAGCAGCCGCACCAACACCAGAACCAGCGCCAGCACUAUCACCAGCAUCAGAACCAGCAUCAGCACCAGCACCAGAAGAGAGCAAGAGCGAGAGCAAGAGCAAGACUUGCAACCAACCGUAGGAGGCGCCUAAAGUGCCGGUGCAACGCCCGAACACGGGGGGGAGAGAACGCACCCGUUCCAGCCUCCUACUGCCGCUGCUGCUGUGUCAACGAGAGAAGAGAGAGGCGCGACCUGAUGGAUCCGACUCUUACCGCCAAGCUUGCGACAACGGCAUUCAAGAACAGGAAAGACGGAGAUAAAUUCUUGACCGCCGUGCUGGAGACCAGCCGAGGCAUUGACGUCUCGGUGGACUCCCAAGAGCUCGCCGGACACGUCGACGAACAUUUCGACAGCCACGCGGAGGGGGGGAAGGCCAUCGUGGAGGGGUUUAAGAGGGUUUCUGAACACAUCUCCGACGACGGGGCGAACGUAGACGACGGCAUCCUGGAAGAUUCAGCGGAAGCAAUCGUCGGCGCGGUGGAGAGUGUGGCGAACAACGAGAUAGUCCAGAAUGCCGGGGAGCUGGUCGGGGAUGCGGUGGGCGUCGUGCACGACGCUCUUCGAGAGGGUGUCAAGACGGGGACGGAGGUCGUCCACGGAGCAGCCCGUGCCAUGAACAAAGCAGGAGGGGUUACCUCGCGAGGUAUGCCUGACAUCGAGGGCGUCGAAGAACGUGCCGAGCGUUACGCCGAGUCGAUGGAAACCCAAGCCGAAGGGCUUUCUGAUUCUGCCGCGGAAGCCUUCGACCGGGCCCGGGAAAACGCCCCAGACGUCCUCAGAGCUGUCGACCCUGACGGAACGCUGGAAGAAGCGGUCGAAGAAGUGACCGAAGAAGUAGGGGAAGCCGUGAUGGAAGUCUUGGGGGGAGAAAUCGCAGAAGAGGCGUUGGAGGCGGCAGUCGGAAGUAUUCCCGUCGCGGGCGCCCUAAUACCCUCGUACUACCUGAUCCACGGGGGGGUGAAGGCCGCCGCUGGAGCAACCAGCCUGGCUGCGGCAGGCACGAUGGCUUUGGUUGGAGGGGUGUACGGCCUCGCCGCCGCGCCGUUCGACGGCGGGGCAUCCUGGGGCAAGGUCGCGAACGCUUCGAGGGGGGCCUCUGUUUGGGGCGCGAGCAUGGGCGCAGAGGGCGGGCUGAUUUCCGCCAAGGGCGCGAUGGGAUUCGCGGACCAGGUUGCUCCGGGCGCCACCGUCCCGGUCAAGGUUGCGUGCAAGAUGGGCGCGAAUUAUAUCAAUCAGAUGCGAAACUCGAGCCGGGGGGUUAACACACAAGGGGAAGAUGAUUUCGAGGGCGUGGUCACGGAGGAGAUGGUGCAGACUGAGAAAUCGUACGAGAUCUUCUCUGCGGAUGGGACGCGGCUCGUGCGAGCCAGCAACACCAAGUCCAGCCGCUGCAACAAGUUUUUUGGCUACGCCUGGGGGGGCUACGCGCUCAUGUUUGAAAGCCCAUGCCCAUCCCAGCCGUCGGCGGCGGAGACUCAAGAAGAUCAAGAAGAGGACGAAGGGCAAGAAGAAGAGCAAGAAGUGCAACGAGAACAACAUCAAUACGAAGAGCAACAAGAUCGACAAGAAGAUCGACAAGGCCCAUCCGCAUCCCCGUCGUCGUCGGCGGCGGCGGAGAAGACUCAAGAAGAACACAAAGAACGAGAAGAACGUUCCUCGUCCUUCUACUUCUCCGGUUCCCCGGGCGCCUACCGCCUGCACAGCGACAUGCACGGCGGCAACACGCUGUUCUUCCUGGGGAAGUGCUACCCGGCGGAGUGGGUGGUCUGGGACGUCGGCGGGAAGACGGACGGGGCGUGGGAGAGGCUGGAGCUGAGGUGGCAGGAGGGCGGGAAGAAGUUCACGAUCUCGGGGCACGGGGGCCAGCACGUGAGGUGGAAGGAUGCCGACGGGUUCUUCCGAGGCACGCGGAGUGAGAGCAAGGCCACCGAGUUCGUCUUGAAGGAGAAGAUCAGCAGCGCCACCGGUAAUGAUGCCAGCACGAACGGAACCAGCAGCAGCGGCAGCAGCAGCAGCUGAACGCUCGAUCCCCGCGAGCGUGUUUUGUCGCGUGGCCCUUGAUAUUAUUCAAGUUUGUUUUGUUUUCGGCCCCCGGCGAUCGAUCGAUGUACGUGACCUGGAUCACUGGGCAUGUGGCAUUUAUUUCCUUGAAUGUAUUUGUUGUUGUUUUUUCGCAGAUUGCACUGGUACCCCCGGAGUUGGUGGUGUUGAUAUUCUCAAUCUUUUUUUUUUUUUUAUCAUUUUUGCCUCGCAUAGCGUGCAAAGGGGAGCGGAGGGCUCCAGAGUAUUUGCCUUGAUCUUUGUUUGAUGUUACUAUAUCGCUCUGCUAACCCUUCAGGUCCAUUUUUUUCAGUGUACCUUGUUUCUCAUGUCGCGGCCGAGAUUAAGCUGAGUUUCUUCGCCAUUUUUCCUCCUUGUUUUUCGUAAACUUUUGAGUUCUUUUUCGUAACAGAAUUUUCCAAGU